CAGGCCGAGUCGGUCUCUCGAGCCGGUGCUGACCGUGUUCUGUGCAACCAUGUUCCUGCGAUCUUGGCCUCGUCGCCAGUUGUACUAUCACCCUUUAGCGGCCCUGACUGUCGUCGCGGUUUGCCUGGGUCCCAGAGUACUUUGUGCGUUUAAUCCUGCAAAGGGCACAGAAGCUCAGUGUGAAGUAUGUGAAAAUUUCUUGGGAAGAUUUUACAAAUCUUUAAAAGAAAAGCAUUCUGAUUUCUCCAUGGCUUCUAUAGAGGAUGAAUUAGUCAACAGUUGCAAGAAUACAAAAGGAAAAGAAAACCGCUUGUGUUAUUACAUUGGGGCCACAAGCGAUGCAGCUACCAAGAUACUUAGUGAAGUAAGCCGUCCAAUGAGCGCUCAUGUUCCUGUGUCUAAAAUCUGUGAGAAGCUGAAGAAAACAGACAUUCAGAUCUGUGAGCUCAAAUACGAAAGACAACUGGAUUUAACAUCGGUAGACCUCUCUAAGAUGAGAGUGGCUGAACUGAGGAAGAUCCUGGAUAGCUGGGGAGAAGUGUGCAGAGCAUGCAUUGAAAAAACAGACUUUGUCAACCUGAUUAGGGAGCUUGCACCAAAGCACACAGGGACUCCAGGGAUCAAACCCCAGACUAAGAAAACAACAUGUGUUUUGAAAUGGCAUAUGGAUGAGUUCAUAAAAAGAAAGAAGCUACUCAUUAUUCAUAGUCUACCUGGCAAACAGAAAGAGGAAUUCUAAAGGCCAGACACGCAUACAGUCAUGGGACUGGAAGAAUCUUUUCAUAUGACUGAGAUAGCAGGACCAACCUAAUUGCCUCCUUCUUGACAAAACUUUAAAACCAGCUUGCCAGCCUCCUCUUUAAUAAUAGAUGGCCCAGCAAGGGAUUGGAAAAUCUAUUUUUGAUCUUCAGCAGAGAUAAAGAUUUCAGUUUUGGCCUUCACUAAUAAACAUCCGAGUUGUGUAACUAGAGCCACAUAUGCUAUUGUUAUGAUGUUACUGAUACACGUGUCGAUCCUAUUAUAGCUGGGCAGAUCAGGCUACAUUAUCUUUUUUGCCACUUCAGCCAAGUAACUUGAGGCUACAGCACUAUUGACUUCGAACUACCUCAUCAGGAAGCAUCUGUUUGGCCUCAGACUGUAACUGUAGCUUGCUAUGGAGAUGGUUCUUUUGUGAGAGCUUUUUGUUUAGUUGCUGACAGG